AUUUAAACUGAGAUAACCCAAAAAUUGGCAGACUUAUAACUCUGUUCCUGUUUCAUGUCCUAGGUGUUGGACAGGUUUGUAGGUGAGGGGAGGAGAGUCAUGCAGGCGGCUGUGUAGGCGACACACCCAUGUAGCUGCAUGUUCGCUCACAUGCACACCUCAAAACGGAAAGUCUGAGCGGGCGAGGCUCAAGUGCCAGGUGAGAGUGGCACCCGGCAACCCCUCCGGCACUACUACUGCCACCGUCCCUACCACCACCACCACGGCACACCACGUCCACCUCUCACUGCAGUCGCUUCACUACUGUCACCUCCUUCACCUUUCCAGCCUACCACUGCUGGGAACAAGUUUCUGUUCAUACACAUACGAGUCUAUUUCCAAUAUAGACAUAUAAUUUUUUCUCAAGACAAACACAAGCCUAUUCACAACAUCUUGCGCCAGCUCGUGGACUGUUUAACCACGUCUCUAGAAAGUCCAUGGUCUAGGAAGAGCUAUUGAAAUUGCUAGUACAUUGAACCCGAUAACUUGAAAAAAGUUUUAAAUGGUGCAAGUUGCAAGGAUGGAACCUUUUAAACAAGAUAGUUCGCGGGAUCCAUUAAAAAUAAUUUGGAAAACCUUGAAGAUGAAGCUUGGACCAAUCAAAUGACUGUUUUGAUCAUGUUGAAAUUACGUUAAGUGUCAGACAUAGCUUUUUGUUUAGUGAAAAAUUACAGGUGUCAUUGUAAGUCAAGCUGUGUAUUUUAAAACAUGGAUUGUAUUUUAGUGGGACAUAGUGUGAGGACAUGUGACGUGCAAGACCAAGUGUUCGGUGUGAGAUAUAGAUUAUCUUGGAAAAACGACACUGGCUUGUACACACUUGCGUAGUGAAUUGUGUUAACUAACGUAGUUGUGGACUUCAACGGGAGGUGUCAAGUCAUUACUCUAGUGACUUCACUGAGUAUGUUAACCACACCUCCCGAGGGACGUCAAGUUUCGUGUGAUUUCAAUACGGAUUAUAACUUUACGCGUACACACACACACACACACACACACACACACACACACACACACACACACACACACACACACACACAUUUUUUUAUUACAUUUCAAGUUACCAACAAAAAUAGCGGCGGGUCAUUAGUAUUAAGAUAACAUAAUUAAUUGCCACAUUUCAAUAUUUUUUCCAAACUCAUUUUAACAUUGAAUAUUUAAGUGUGGUUUUUGAGAUUACGAUAAUCGCAAUAAUGAUUAAUUAACUGAGUAUUUAGCUCAUCUUUUUAAUGAGCUAAAUAUUGAGAAAAGACGAAGAAAUAAAUAAUAAUUUGAGAAAGUGGAACAAUUAUCUGAGUGGUAGUGAAGCACAACUGCAGCGUUCUUACUGGGAAUCCGAAGUUGCAUCCACGAACGUCACAGCUAAGACACAGCAGCUUCUUAAGUACGGGCAAAUAUGUGGCCGUGUGAGGGGAAAAUGUACAGCUGCCAUUAAAAGAGUGACGUCACAAGUAAGUCAGUACAUAUAGUACUACCACAGCAGAUGACCAGAGAUGACCUCCUCAUUACAAGUUCUGGAUAUAUUACUCCUAAUAAUUACCAUACAUGACAUUAAAAUCACUUGGUUCUACAUUUCUGUGACCCUCAGUUAUGACGUCAAUAUUAUGUAUCCACAUGCCUCAUUCAUUGGUGCUUGAGUAUGACGUCAAGACCACGUGACCAUACUGUGCCACUGCUACUUGUCCUCAAGUAUGACGUCAAGAUCACGUGACCAUACUAUGCUACUACUAUUGGUCCUCAAGUAUGACGUCAUGAUCACUUGACUUAGGGAUGCCACAAAGGUUCGUUCCUAUGUACGAUGUCAAGAUCCGAGGAGGAAAACGCAUAGUGGAAUGGAGGUUUGGGGCACACCCCACCAUACACGCUGUGUCUGCCAGUGGUGUACCUCUGUUGUUAAGACAGAGGCCACAACCAGCGCCCACGCUAGGGGGAGGACCAGGAGGAGCUGGUCAACAGUAUGCACAACCCAGGCAACUUCCUGACUCCCCGGAAGAACCAAAAGUCAGGGGAUCCAACUUCUCCGUCCUUCCCCCUAUCAAAGACUCGGGUAGAAAGAAGGAUCAAGACUUCUCAUUAUCUGAGCUGGAUGCCAUUUCACUCAAGAAUGAAGUGGUGAAGAAGGUGAAGGAAUUACCAGAGCGUGGCCUACAGGGUCUCCUCGUCAACCUUCGAGCACAAGACCGUGAUAGAGAUGGCAUCUUAUCCUCAGACAUUGUCAAAGGAACCUUGAAGAGGUUUCAGUUGCAUUUUAGUGAUGAUGGCAUGAAGAACCUCUGUAAAAAAUUUGGACAGGCUGGUGAUCAUGUGGCCAUGGUUCGCUAUGAGGAGAUGGUCAGCUACCUUACCAAGUGCAGAAUGGAAGCUCUUAAACCUCCUCCACCAUUACCUAACCAGAAGCCUAAUGGUCCAACAGGCAACAUGCAGCAACAGCAGCAGCAGCAGCAGCAACAGCAGCAACAGCAAACACCACAGCAGCUACAGCGAGAGAAUCCUCGUAAGAUCACUUUAAGGAACAAAGUACUCUUCACUGAUCGUGAUGAAGCCACCUUAUUAGCAGAUAUGAGUCGCCAGUUGUCAAACAAGCCAGUUAAUAUGGCUGACCUCAGAAGGACUAUGUAUGAUCUUGAUCGUGAUCGGAAUGACUUUCUUAAUGGAAAACAGGUGGAAAUUGCCUUCACAAAAUGUGGAAUCCACCUAACACCAGAUGUAAGGGCGCGUUUGCUUCUUGCAACUGAUCGAACUGGAGCUGGCAUAUUUAAGAUAGACACCCUCAUGAACUAUCUUACAAGAGUUGUACCUGAAACCCAUCAUACAGUUAUGCUAGGUAAUAAUCAUCGUCCACGUCAGGCAAGAGUAGCCCAGCUACCAAUUUUCCAGAACCAACCAAUGUUACAUGCCCCGUGGGAAAAUAACCCAAGGCCGCCUGUGGAAACGCAACCAAAAUAUCUCCCAGAUGAAGGGUUUAGUGAAGAUGAUAGGAUGAUGCAUGAACAGCUACCUCUUCAGCAACCAAAACCACAAGCUCCACCCCCUCUACCACCACUGCCUCUAAUACCAGUGGAGGACCAUUAUGAACAAACUUUUGAUGCACAGAGAUGGAACAGUGACUUUCAGUACCUGGCACAAGCUCUCUACAAUGCAGAUGAAGAUCAAUCCGGAUAUAUGCCAGCAGAUGCAGUACACUAUGUAACCGCAACGUAUAACUUGGUAUACAACCUUCAGAUAUCAGAAGCCUCCUUAGCGACAGCCCUCUCUACAGCUGUUGAUCCUAACUAUGGUGAAGUGAAUCUUGAGUAUUUUAUCACAGUUCUCCAAGAUGCCCACUUCAGAGAAAAUAAUGUUUAUUAAAUAAACGGUUUUAAAAUAGAAACGUAAUAAUACCACUAUAUAAAAUUAAAUGAAUCUAAACUGAAUUUGUAAUCAUGUGAAGUAAAACUUCUUGAGCUUGAAAUGUUUCAUUAUCAUAUUCUAUAGAUAAAGUAAAAUUUUGAGACAGUUUUCCCUGAAAUUACCUUGGUCACCGUCUGUGGGAGGUUUUAUCUGGGAGAUACAACCCUAAUGACUUGGAAUAGGUUCCUCCAGUUUGUCUUGGGAUUUUUUAUUCAGGAACCAUAAUCAGCACUGUGGUUACUUAGAAUGUGAUUGAUUAUGAAUGUAGUAAACAUCUAGAUUUGGGACCCUCAAGGGAGGUUCCUUGAUGCUGGUGAGGGGCUCUUGAUCUAGGGAAUUGAAUCUGUGCUCCAGUUCCCUGAAUUGAGCCUGAAUACCUUCCAUCUCCCCGCCCCACAGGUGCUGUAUAUUCCUACAGGUUUAGCGCUUCCCAAUGAUUAUAAUUAUAAUCUAUAUUUGG